AGCAGCAGCAGCAGCAGCAGCAGCAGCAGCAGCAGCAGCAGCAGCAGCAGCAGCAGCAGCAGCAGCAGCAGCAGCAGCAGCAGCAGCAGCAGCAGCAGCAGCAGCAGCAGCAGCAGCAGCAGCAGCAGCAGCAGCAGCAGCAGCAGCAGCAGCAGCAGCAGCAGCAGCAGCAGCAGCAGCAGCAGCAGCAGCAGCAGCAGCAGCAGCAGCAGCAGCAGCAGCAGCAGCAGCAGCAGCAGCAGCAGCAGCAGCAGCAGCAGCAGCAGCAGCAGCAGCAGCAGCAGCAGCAGCAGCAGCAGCAGCAGCAGCAGCAGCAGCAGCAGCAGCAGCAGCAGCAGCAGCAGCAGCAGCAGCAGCAGCAGCAGCAGCAGCAGCAGCAGCAGCAGCAGCAGCAGCAGCAGCAGCAGCAGCAGCAGCAGCAGCAGCAGCAGCAGCAGCAGCAGCAGCAGCAGCAGCAGCAGCAGCAGCAGCAGCAGCAGCAGCAGCAGCAGCAGCAGCAGCAGCAGCAGCAGCAGCAGCAGCAGCAGCAGCAGCAGCAGCAGCAGCAGCAGCAGCAGCAGCAGCAGCAGCAGCAGCAGCAGCAGCAGCAGCAGCAGCAGCAGCAGCAGCAGCAGCAGCAGCAGCAGCAGCAGCAGCAGCAGCAGCAGCAGCAGCAGCAGCAGCAGCAGUAGCAGUAGCAGUAGUAGCAGUAGCAGUAGCAGUAGCAGUAGCAGUAGCAGUAGCAGUAGCAGUAGCAGUAGCAGUAGCAGUAGUAGUAGCAGUAGUAGUAGUAGUAGUAGUAGUAGUAGUAGUAGUAGUAGUAGUAGUAGUAGUAGUAGUAGUAGUAGUAGUAGUAGUAGUAGUAGUAGUAGUAGUAGUAGUAGUAGUAGUAGUAGUAGUAGUAGUAGUAGUAGUAGUAGUAGUAGUAGUAGUAGUAGUAGUAGU